AUGGCACCGGCCACCACCCUCGACACUAGCGACCAGCCAGCUAAGCAUAGCACCCUCAUCGAAGAUGGGUACGAGUACACUUACAACAACCAGGACGGGUAUACUCCAGAGCGUCUAGACCCAGCCCUGCCAUACAAGGUCUCUGAACACAUCAUGUGGGCGCCGCGAAAGAUCCGCGUGGCCUCAAUCGGCGCCGGCGCUGCGGGCCUCAUGCUGUGCUAUAAAGCGGAGAAGGAAUUCGGAGACACGAUUGACCUUGUCGUCUAUGACCGAUACCCCGAAGUCGGCGGCGUGUGGCACGCAAACCGAUAUCCAGGAUGCCGCUGUGACGUGCCUUCGCCGGCGUAUCAGUUCUCGUUCGCACCCAAGCCGGACUGGCCCAAGUACUACUCUUCUGCAGCGGAUAUCAAGGAAUACUUUAAAAGUUUUGCGCAAGAGCACGGCUACACCGAGAAAUAUAUCAAACUCAACCAUGAAGUGACCAAAGCCGUCUGGCGCGAGGAAACAGGGACCUGGCUGCUGUCAAUAACGCAGACGCUACCCAACGGCGACCACCGAGAAUUCCAAGACGAGGUUGACUUCCUUGUUGGCAACGUCGGCGUGCUCAAUACCUGGAAGUGGCCUGAAAUCCCUGGCCGAACAGAAUUCCGGGGGACGAUGACGCAUUCUGCGGCGUACGACACGGGCAUUGAUCUCAAGGGCAAGCGUGUGGCGGUAAUUGGAUCAGGUGCCUCGACGAUACAGAUCAUCCCGGCCAUCGUGGAUGAAGUUGAGGAGCUUGUCAGCUUCUAUCGUACACCGCAGUGGAUUUCCAACGGCCUGGCUGUGGAGGGCUACACGGAUCCAGAAGGGCGCAACUUCCACUUCUCGCGUGAAAUGCAAGAGCGAUUCCGUGACGACCCCGAGUAUUAUCUGGGACUGCGCAAGGCGAUCGAGAAACAGAUCAACUCGAGCUUCCGCCACAAUCUAAAGGACCAUCUCUGGCAGAAGCUAGAGCGCAAGGGAAAUAGAAUACCGUCCCAAACCAUGACCGAGGAGCACAUGAAAGAACGCCUCGGGAACAAUCCCAAGCUCGUCAAAAGGCUGGUACCUACGUUCCCCGUUGGAUGUCGUCGCCUGGGACCAGCGGAGGGGUUCUUGGAAGCCAUGCUGCAACCAAAUGUCAUCCUGGCCGAGGGGCAGAUUGCGUGUUUCACGGAGAAAGGCAUCCGCACUGACAGUGGCGAAGAGUUCAAUGUCGAUGUAAUCAUUUGCGCGACGGGAUUUGAUGUCAGCUUCCGGCCAUAUUUUCCUGUCCUGGGCCAGGAAGGAGUCAAUCUCGCUGAUCACUGGUCCUCGGACCCAGAGGCGUAUCUCGCCAUGGCGGCCAGCAAAUUUCCCAAUUUCCUGAUCGGCUCUCUAGGUCCAAACUGCCCGGCCGGCCAUGGAUCGUUCAUCACGGUACUCGAGGCAGCGCAGAAUUAUAUCUGCAAGGUGAUCCGCAAGGUGCAGACGGAGAACAUCAAGAGUAUCUGUGUACGCCCAUCCGCGGUCGCAGAAUACAAUGAACAUGUGCACAAGUGGCUUAAGAGAACUGUUUGGACUGGUGGCUGUCGCUCAUGGUACAACCAGGGCCGACAGGACGGCAAGGUAACAGCCCAGUACCCCGGAUCGCUUGUCCACUGGCGGAAGAUCCUGGAACACCCUCGAUAUGAGGACUUUGAGAUCACCUACCGAUCGCGGAAUCGAUUCCAGUUCAUGGGCAAUGGGUUUACCAAGGAGGAGGUGGAUGGCGGGGAUCUGAGCUGGUAUCUGGAUCCUGAAUUCCUCGCGAAGCCUAUUCUGGAUCACUGA